AUGGAUAGUCCCGAAUUUUUGCAGUACUUUUGGGAUUUAGGAAGUUUUGAAGAGAAGACUUCGGUUUCCUCUAUAGAGGGAAUUAUAAGUUGCCUUGAUAAUUCUGUUAAGAAUUCGAAUAAUCCCAAAGUUAAGGAUGGAAGUGCAAAAUCUAUUGUAACUUUAUCAGAAGUAAAAAAUGGUAGAGCAGAUUUAGAAUAUACGUUGAGCCGACUUAUCAAAGGUUUGGAGUCUCAGAGAGAGUGUGUAAGGAGAGGAUACAGUACUUGCUUAUCGAUUGUACUUAAUAGAUAUAAGGUUCCAGUAUCUGAUGUUUUGCAGGGACUUGAGAAGCAUUAUUUGGAGGGGAUGAAAAAGGAAAUUAAGGGAAAAGCUUCAUCUGGAGCUGUUGGAGAUAUUAGAGACAGGAUUAUUGGGCUUCUUCUUGGGUAUUUGGCUAUAAUUAAGACUGGAUUUUUCAAAAAGAAUGUUUCAAGACCCUAUAUAGAACAGACUAUUGAAAAUCUGUGGAUGAUUUAUGGAGUAAAGAUGUACCUACAGGAUAUGGUUUGCGAAAUUAUAUAUUUGAUUGUUAAAGACUGUUGUGAAUAUGAUCCAAGAUUACCAAUUAAGUACAUUUCAUCAAGACUUGGGAAUGUUUUUGACACACGAUUUUUGGACAAACCUGAAAUAAAUGAAACUAAAAAGAAUCAAUUAGCAUCCCAGAUCCCUAUAUUAUCUUUAUUUCUAAAGUUAAGACUAUUUCUUGAAAGUAAAGAUGGAAUUGUUAUUAAUGGGGCUGCUGGAUGCUGUGAGAUUUCUCAGACUUGUGAUAUAUCUGUACGCAUUAGUGAUAAAUGGGAGGACUGGAAUAAGCUUAUGUUUAAUCCAGGAUACCCUUUUUUGAAGAAUAGAUGGGAAAUUAUUCUUGCUCAAAUUCAAUAUUUAUCGUUAUUCAGUCCAAGAAUCCCAAGCUUUUUAUUUAUGUUACUAACUUAUAUAUUAAAAUCUCCUCUUUUGAAUGAUAAAAUAUCUAGUAUAUUGAUUUCUGAUCUAAUUAAGGAGAUUGAAGAAAAGUACUUUUCAGGAAUUUAUUCCCCACAAAAACACUAUUUUGGAGCAAGAAUGAUCCUCCAAAUACUUAUUCACCUUAAACACUUUGCAUUUUUACCCAAGAAAUGUAAUUUCUCAGAAAAGUCUUUUGUAAAGACUUUAAAAAACUUCAUUUCUGGUCAUUCAAAGUCACUGAACUGGGCUCUUAAGACUUCUUUAAAUGAGAGAAAUCCUUUAUCAUCAUUUUCCACUAUAUUCCUACAAACAUUGGUCGAUAUUAUUACAGGUAAAGGAAUUGAAUCUCACUUGAUUAAUAACUCUCAAAUUAAUCAAAUUCAAGAUUUUUCAAGGUUUAUAUUUGGCACUAUAGAUGCAGUAGUUACUGAAAAUCAAAAAAGAUUGAAAUCUCCCAAUCAAAGCGUUAACUUGGAAACUCAUAUCAGAAAUUUGGUUCCUUUUGUGAUGAAUGAUAUGAUAAUUGCUUUAUUUUGGGAUGAAAGUACUAUUUCUUUAUCAGGGACUGAAAGUAAUCUAAUUUCUCAACUUAUAACUCUUAAAGAAACCUUAGAGAAACCGAUUUUGAUUUCUGGGAAGGAAAGGGUGGGACUUUUUUGGAUUAUUCUUAAGUCUUUAAUGUUAAAAACAGGAGCUAAAAUGAAACAUUUGAUUCGAAUUUUCUCAGAUCUUUUGGUUCAAGAAGAAAAUAAUUCUUUAGAUUCUAUUAUCAUUUCACAGGGUAUACUUAUAAUAGAUGAGAUCUUAAAAGAGUAUGUUGAUGAAAGUAAACAAACAAACAACAAACAAAAUAAAUUAGAUUUCAAUGAUAAUGACCAAGUUGAUGUGUCUAUGGAUGACUCGAACUUAAAUGCAAACAAAACAGAAGAGGAUAAUGAAAAAGUAAAUAUAUAUUGGAAGAAAGUGCAAUGGAUCCAUAACAUAAUGUUGGAAUUUGUACAGGUUUCAUUCAAUUCUUCAAAGAUUGGGUUAGAGAAGAACAUUUCACAACUUGUAUUAAAGCUUUCAUCUCAGGUGUAUCCUUUACUAGAUUCUAUUAUAACAUUUGGAACUUCUAACGAAAGAUGGGUUGAGAAUUAUCGCCAAAUGAUCUUUCCUAGAAUGGAGAAGAUUAUUGGCAAAUGUACCAGUGAUAUAGUUCUUUUACUGGCAGAUAUUCAAAAAGACGAUACUUGUGUAGAUUCUGUUAUUAUUGAAGUGGUUUCCUCCUAUGCAAAUAGUAUUACUGCCUUAUUUGACAAGAUUAAUCAUUCUAUUAACUUUGAAGGCAAUAAAAAGCUAUUUAAUAAGAAUAAGAAGCUUUUUACUUCUUUAACAGAAAGAAGAAUUCCAAAGACUAGAUUUGAGAUUUCAUCUAGCCUUAUUGAGAGUUGCUUACUCUUGUAUUAUAUAAUGGAAGACUGUAAUUCAAGUUUUAUCUUGGAUAUGAUUUCAUCUUUAUUAAAAUCGGAUAGUGAUAAACGCAAAAGACUAGAUGUAUUCUUCAAUUCAAUGAUUAAGUUGGAUAUCACAAAUGAAUCUAAUAAUUUGCAAAAACAAAGUGAUUAUUUUGGUGAGGAUGAUGAUUAUCCAAGCUGCCUUGCAGGUUUAAGCCUUUUAUUCCAACUGAAUGUAAGAACUUUGGAUAUUUCAAGCAACUUAAACACAAAACUUCUUUUGGAACUUUCACGAAAAAUUGCUCAGCUUCCGGAUUUAUGGAAUGUUCACUCAAACUUAAUAGAUGGAAAUGAUGAGAAUUAUGAUGAUAUAGAAUCAGAAGUUGAAGUUGAAGCUGAUACAGGUUAUGAUAAUGAAACAGUUACUGAAUUUAAGGGUAGAGAUUCUAAGCAUAGUUCUUCUCUGGAUAAGGACGAAGUUUCACAGUUAUUGAAACCAAAUAUAUUUUCAAAAGAACAUGAAUUUUUCAAUGAUGACUACGAAGAAGAUGAGGAUAAUACUGAUAAUGAUGAUAAUAUUGGGGUUAACAAGGAUGAGAUCAUAUCAUAUAAUGACAACGAUGCCAUAAUUUCUCACUUAUUAAAUGAUGAAAAUACUCCACUACCUCCCAAAUAUGAAAGACAAAAAGAACAAAAGGAGCAAGAAAAAUUACAAAUUCAAAGAAUCAACAACGAGAUGCAAAAUAAAUUAAGAAUGUUGGAGAUUUUAUCUUUGAUUUCUGAGCAAUAUAAACCUAGAAAUGGAAUAAAUGGAGAGAUCUGUACUGAUUUAAUACGUACAAUUAUAUUAUUACUGGAAGGACUCCGCUUGGGAUUUAAGCAUGCUCUAUACUAUUCUAUUAAAAGCAAUUUGACAAUUUUUUCAGAUUAUGUUAAUAAGCUAUCUUCAAUUAUAAACAAGUUAAUGCAUUUAGAUAUUUUAAAGGAACAUACCAACACACAUUUGAAUGAUUUGGGAGAUUUAUUUAAACUUUUAAUUCAUAUCAUUGGGAAACCCAUUGUUGAGCCUCAGACAAUGAGCCGUUGGAAUAAGAAAAGCAAUGGAAAACAACUUAGAAGUAAGAUGGAGAGUUAUUCAAAGAAUUUUGAGACAUUAUCAAUCAAUUUGAUUGCUUUAAUUGUAAUGAUUGAUGGAGAAAAUGGUACAGUUGCUCAACUUAUAACUCAAGAUUUAAUGAAGAAAUGGAUCGGACAAAAAAGAUUUGGAAUUGUUACAUGCUCAUUCUUGACCAAACUUAUAUAUAGAAUUAAUAACUCAAAUAAUAAAAACUCUUUUAGGUUUUUAACUCAAAACUUCAUUAAUAACUUCGAGGAAACAAUUAAAUUCUCGAAAAGUUCUUAUCAACUUAGAGAAUAUACUACUUUAAUUAAUCAUAUUCUUGUAGUAUGUAGUACUUGUUCGGAAGACUCAGAUGGAAAUAAUAAUAAACAAAUACGAGAUAUGGUCCAAGUUGUGAUAAAAAUGAUUGAUAAUUGCAUUACAGAUGAUACUACACAGGAAAAUGUUAGAAAAGUUUCUUCUGAUUUAGAAAAUAUUAAAUUUACCACAGAAAUUCAAAGAUUGGAGUUACUUAAAUCCUUAAUUUCUCUUUCAAAGUCUAUUAUUGUACUUGGAAGUGACUCUAAUAUCAACAAUAUUUUAGAACAGAAGAUUUCAGAAUCCAACGAUUACUUAAACACAUUUAACCAAAAUUGUAACUCAGGGAAGGUAAAGAGACAAAUCAAUAAACUUAGGAACAUAAUUAAUAGCUCCAAUAAUAACAAAAAAAAUAAAAAAAUCAAAGUUUACUAA